AAGCAUACGGAUAUGAGGACUUUCGGCAGUGAGUUGCAAAAGGCAGCAAGGAUAGCUUUCCCAUGCGGCAAUCGAUCAAGAUAUUCGAGCGUCUAUGUUUUGAUGUUCUCAUGGGAAAGUGAGGACUGGAGACUUCCCGUCAGUGAAGAAAUUGCUGCUCUACGCAAAGUCUUUGAGGAGAUCUAUCAUUAUAAAGUUGAGGAGUUCAAGAUUCCCGACCACCGAAGCCACAACAAAGUCAGCGCCAAAAUCAAUGACUUCAUUGGGAUCAACGAUGACCAGUCGGACGAUUUGAAAAUAGUCUAUUACGCAGGACAUGCAAGGCUAUCCAAGACGAAAGAGGUUGUAUGGGCGAGGUCCUCGGAAACAACCGAAAAAUGCUCCACGGUAACCUGGACUGGCAUUCAGGCAGACCUUCAGCAAGCCCAAAGCGAUGCAUUGAUACUGCUAGACUGUUGUUAUGCUGGGGUUGUCGAUGGUGGGGAAGGAAAUGGAGUGACGGAACUCCUGGCUGCCUGCUCUUUCAACAGUGAAGCCAAUGGCGUCGGUCAUUAUUCGUUCACCACAGCCCUCACGAUCGAAUUAAAGGCCAUCAGCAAGAGAAAAUCAUUCACUAUUGGUGAGCUGUAUGCGAAUAUGUACCGCAGGACUCAAUCACACAUGGCCCGCGGGGUUCCUAACGAGCGGUACCCUCCACCAACGCACGUGCUAUUGAGGACAGAUGAAAAGUUGCACCGAUGUAUCCAACUUUCU